AUGGCCAAGAACGACUUCGCCUAUGAGGUCGACUUUCCUCCAUACGAUGAAUGCCUCGCUGAAGGCGGAUUCGACAGCCACUACAGCAUGGAGAACGCCCAUUGGUGCCUCCUCGGCGAGAUAGUCAGCUUUGAACCCUUUAUGCGUUUUCGAACCAUCAUCCGCGACAAGAACGGCGAGAAGCUUGUUGUGGCCUUCUACCUCGACCGUGACGACAACAUCAAUCCUGCCAACUUCAAGGUUGGACACACGCUGGCCAUAAUGAAUCCUCAGCAGCGCUUCUUCUUGGAUGGCACUAAGGGAGUCCGUGUGGAGGAGUCACACCGUGUUGCUGUCUUUCCUACAAGCCUCAAGAGCUUGUUUGGUAUCGGCAAGUCCAUCGUGUCGGACUGCGGGGAUCGCGAUGAUGGGAAGAAGAUGUGUCACGGCUGCAAGAAGCUGGGCGAUACGAAGGACAUGAUGCGGUGCGGGGCUUGUCACUACUACUAUUACUGCAGCAAGGAGUGUCAGGCUAAGGGCUGGAACGAACUCGGACACAAGCAAGCGUGCAAGGUCGUCGAGCGUGCCAAUUUCAAGGCUCUGGUUGAGCUCGAUUUUGACAAUCAUCAGGGAGACUUUAAGUUCGCAGUCGAAUAG